ACGGAAAUAAACAUUUCCUAAUGUACACGCUAUACGCUGAACAUUCUAGGCAUGUUCGGAGAUCGCAGUUUCCUCCCACCAGUCAGUGACAGGUCACAAAAUACACGUCAGCGUUAGCCAGUGUUGUAUAACACGCAUAUACACAGGAGAUGUUGUUAUUGGUGGUUUCAAGUCGUCUCGUGGCGGGACAUCAGAAGAGGUUUCACUAGCGAUGGAUGAUACGUACAAGGCCAUUGGGGCAAUGUUGGCUAUGCUCUUCUUUGUGGUGUACCUGUCCCGCUUGUACCGACGAUACAGACUCAGACACUAUGAAGUGCCUGUCCGAGAUAUACGUAAGGGGCAUCGAUGGUUCAUGAUGGACCUGUUCACAGAACCCACAUACUGCAACAUCAGCGGUUACCACAUCAUUCACGGGGCCAGGUGUGACUCGUGCGGCAUCAGCGUGUACGACCACAGCAUGAGAGCAGCAGACAAGAAGUUCAAAUGUAAACAGGUGUGCAUUAAGGGGGAGGUAAUGCAUCACCAGUGGAUUCCAGGUAACCUCCCCUUGUGCAGCGUCUGUGAUGUGUGUGGUGAAGACUGUGGCAACUCCCCAGAGCUGUGUGAUCGGCGAUGCUGCUGGUGUCAGCGAACCGUCCAUGACGACUGUACACCCUCCACCGAUAUCUGUGAUAUGGGGGCCAACUGUAAAGAAAUUGUACCUCCAAACUGCCUUGAACUUAAGUGGGUAGGGCUCAAAGGUCGUAAACAUCUCAUUGUGAAGUCUGUCCGCAAACCUUCCAUUCCAGAAUGGUCUCCCCUGAUUGUCAUAGCUAACAGGAAGAGUGGGAACAAUGAUGGGGAACAUGUUCUGCAAGCAUUCCGUGCAAUACUGAACCCAGCACAGGUGAUAGAUCUCCAUGACAUUCCCCCGGAGAGUGGCCUUGAGUGGUGCCAUCUUCUCCCUCUCAUCCCUGUGCGUGUCCUUGUGUGUGGGGGUGAUGGCACCAUCGGCUGGGUCCUCAAGUCUAUAGAGAAGCUACAGUUCAAGAAGCCCCCACGAGUGUGUAUAUUACCGCUUGGCACAGGAAAUGACCUGUCUAGGGUGCUGGGAUGGGGUGAAGGUUACACAGGAGAUGUGCAGGUCACGGAUGUUUUGUCUCAGUUGAAGAAGGCCCACCCUGUAGCCCUGGACAGAUGGAAAGUUGAGAUCAGUCAUGAGAAACACUUUGGAAUAUCAGUGCCCAAGCUGAAAAGGGUAAUGAUGAUGAACAAUUACGCCUCUAUUGGUGUUGAUGCACUAGUCACACUCAACUUUCACAAGCGCAGGGAAAGUUGGCCAUGGCUGUUUGCUAACAGACUCAUCAACAAGUUUGCGUACUUCACCUACGGCACCAAGGACGUCCUGGAGAGGGAGUGCAAGCAGCUCAACAAGAAGAUGAGGGUUGAGUUGGAUGACCGUGUCCUUGAACUUCCUGACAUUGAAGGCAUUGUCAUCCUCAACAUCAGCAGCUGGGGCGGUGGUUGUCGCCCAUGGGAACUAGCGUCUGAUGACCUUGACUUUAAACCUGCAAGCUAUGACGAUGGUCUGCUGGAAGUGAUGGCACUGUAUUCCUCCUUCCACAUAGCACAGCUCCAGGUUGGGCUGGCUGCGCCGUUUAGACUCGGACAAGCCAGGAAGGUCAAGAUCAGUCUGCACGGUGGGAAGGCCCCAAUGCAGCUGGAUGGGGAACCAUGGGAACAGCUCCCAGCAGAGAUCAUCAUCACACACCACAGUCAGGCUGCCAUGAUGGCCAUCAGCUAGGGACACCUGGAAGGAUGGGAUGGGAUGAUAUAGAGAAGUGUGUGUCACUAGGGGAUAGUGACACAAGGAGGCUGAGUGGUGGAGCAGUAGGUGUUGUCUGAGAGGCUGCCUUAAGGAACUGUGUGGUUGUAGUAGCUCCAGAGAAGAGUUCUGGACUAGUAGUAGAUGUUGUGCUGUAUAGGUACAUAUCUGUGUAAUACAGGGGUGCUGGCUACACCCCGUGUAACAACCUCUCAGAUAUAACCAAUGAAUAUAUUCUAUGUGAAUCUCAGUAUGUGGCCAAUAUUUUACUGUACUUAAAGCAUCAAGGUAAAACACAAGGGAUACUUUACAGAACUCUUUAUAUGAGGAUGGCAAUGAAGAACACUUCAGAAUAGGACAGUGCAGAACACUUCAGAUUAGGACAGUGCAGAACACUUCAGAUUAGGACAGUGCAGAACACUCCAGAUUAGGACAAUGCAGAACACUUCAGAUUAGGCUAAUGCAGAACACUUCAGAAAAGGUCAAUGCAGAACACUCCAGAUUAGGACAAUGCAGAACACUUCAGAUUAGGACAAUGCAGAACACUUCAGAUUAGGACAGUGCAGAACACUUCAGAAAAGGUGAAUGCAGAACACUUCAGAAAAGGUGAAUGUAGAACACUUCAGAUUAGGACAAUGCAGAAGACUUCAGAUACACAGUUGUGUACAUGUCUGACAGUGGCCAAAGAUUCCUGUGUUAAAGGAAAGACAUUAAGGCUUUCUUAAUAGAAACACACAGGACAGCCUUCCCUGGUAAAGCCAUCUGAUUCUCAUCCCAGGUCACAAAUUCAAACAGUCAAACUUACAGCUUUAAAGCAAUGUCAUGACGAGGCCAGAGCAGAGAAUCUUCCAGACGUAUCUUUAUUAAAAGAAGAUGUUGGAUUGGUAUGUGUAGAUUACUUGUUUACUCUGUACACCUGGUGGUGAGAACUAUUUCCAGGUGUUACAGUACUGUACAGUAUCCAGUACAGUGUUGUACAGUAACACCUGUCAAUAGUAUGCUUUUGCUGAGUAUCUUCUGUACGUAGUGUUGUGAGGUGUGUCACCUGUCGUUUGUGUAACUGUGUGUGUCAUCCAUCGUGUGUGUCACCCGUCGUGUGUGUAACUGUGUGUGGAUCCCACCCAGGUGCUGGUCAUCUACUCAUAGGGAAACUUGUCCUGUGUCCAGUGCAAAUAUCAGCAAUGUUGUUGUGCUAUGCUUUGCUUUGCUUGAUGACUAGCUUGGUGAAUUGUUGUAUAUCUUUCCUUUGUGGUCAUGUGCCCAGGGCUGGUGAAGGCAGUUACAGACCAAACCUAUGAAGUGUUUGUGGACAAGUAUUCAGCAUCUAACCUGCGUUAAGACUUUCUGUUUACAGUUUGGUUGGCACUGUCGCUAAGAUUUUAUUUCUGUAUGUAGUGAAUGAUCUUAGUCGGCUUGUCAAAGAACUUUACAAACCUCAGAAAUUUAGCAGACAUGGCAAAGACCAAUUUUUAGGUGACUUGACUUUUUAGACAAGCCAAAUUGUGAAAAUGAUUUACGUCUUACAGCUUGCAUGUCAUAUGGUUAUAUAUUUUCUCAAACAUUUUUAAAUGUACAUGUGUAUAUCUGUUUAUACCUUUUGUACUUUUUAUUUAUUAUUUUUUUAUGAUCAUUUUUAAUUGUUUUAUGGGAGUUAUGUCAUGUUUUUCUUUCCUUUGAAUUCUUACCAACUGGUAUUUCCUUUGUAGUGAAUAGUGGUCAUGCAUAUUACAACACCUUGCUAAAGUAGAUCCUUUAUUAAAAGAAGGGCAGAUGAAGCAUAUUUUUGUGCCAUUCUGUAUUGUUCUACUGUAGACAUCUUGUCUUUGUGAGAUUGUGCCAACAUUUUAUAUUUAUUUUGAAUUAUACCCUUUUUCACAUAAUGUUUUACAUUUCCACCCAGGUACAUCAUAAUUUGCAUUACUGUUGUUUUAUCGGAUGAUUGUUAGGAACAGGUAUGACAGGGUCAUGUCCUGGGGUUCAGCUUAAAGCUGAGAGAGAACUGAGUUCAGAUGGCCUGAACCAUGCUGACAGUUCAGAUAUUUCAGUCAGAUGUUCAGUUCAGUGCAAUACCAUUCUAUUUAUGUACAGAUGUAAGCUAUAGUCAUGACGUUUGAUCGAUGUUGUCAUUUAAAAUGCAAAAGGUUUUUUUAGUUUUUUUAAGUCAGAUUUUGCAAUUUUGUUACAAAUGGAUUUUAUGUUAAAAUCAUGCUGGAUGUUACCGAUAAUUGAAUAUGGAAACAUUUUUACCUGUCAAAUAUAAAUGGAACACAGUUAAGCAGUACCUGUUUGCACAUGUAUGUUUAUAUAUGUUGUUAACAUAAUUCUUUGAGACAAUUUGCACCAGUUUGGCCUCUUUUCCCAAUGUUAAACCCAAUGUGUGCUCAAAGUUGUUACAUUUACAGAUAUUUAUUUGGGAAACAGGUAGUUUGAUUAAUGAAUACAAUAUAAAUUUGCUAUACUCUAAGUAAUUGUCAUGUUGCAAACUGAUCACAGAAAUGGUUUUAGUUAGGCAAGAAGUUUACCACCAGUCAUUGUUUGCUCACUAUGAAAUGUAUUUGGUUGACCACUGCGUCAUGACAACAGUGAUGCUCACUCCAUUAACCACUUGUUUUCCAUGUCAACAUACCUGGCAGGUUGCCAGGAUACAGCCUUCAUAUGGCUGCAUUUAGCAUAAAAAAGUCCAUCUCCAGUGGAGAUAUUGCGUGAAUAAUCAGUCUGACAUACAGCUGUAACUUUGUUGUCUCCAUUGUGCAAUACUGUGUAGACAUAUACAGCAUUUUGUUAUAUAAUGCAUUAGACACAGGUUUUAAUAUACAUUAUUUGGAUUUAUCGAUAUAUUGUGUUUGUGACUUGGUAAACCAUGGUAAAUACCUCGUAUAGACAUUGUACAGUGUGCUCUGGAACCAAAUACUGGGAAUGGAACCAAAGGCCAAUACAGAGAAAUCUCUGAAGUAAGAUUGAAGUACCUUUAUUCACUGAGAUGUUACAGAGGAAUCUCUGAAGUAAGAUUGAAGUACCUUUAUUCACUGAGAUGUUACAGAGGAAUCUCUGAAGUAAGAUUGAAGUACCUUUAUUCACUGAGAUGUUACAGAGAUAUCUCUGAAGUAAGAUUGAAGUACCUUUAUUCACUGAGGUGUUACAGAGGAAUCUCUGAAGUAAGAUUGAAGUACCUUUA